AUGCGUGUUUGUUGCCAAGGUCGGUCGCGCACGCCUCUGGGGUCGGCGGAUUACCAUCCAUCGGAGAUCGCGGCAGGCUUCAAGAAGACGAUCGCGUUCCAGCCCCGUGUGGUGAAGCAGAAUCGCGGCUCUGCUGGCGAGGGCAUUUGGAUCAUCAAGCUGAAGUCUGGUGUCUAUUGCAAGAGCUUCGGCGAGAGAGAGGCCGCCGACGACGAGAUGUUGAUCCUGACGGAGGCGUGUGACAAUCAUGUUGAGGAGCACACCGUAGGAGAGUUCAUCGAGUUUUGCGUGAACGGCCGCACAGAGAAGUCUGGUGAGUGGAAGUCCAUUGGAACUGGCAAGUACUUUGAGGGUGGCGAGGAGGCUGGCGGGCAGAUGGUCGACCAGCGCUUCUUGCCCAGGAUCGAGGAGGGCGAGACUCGUUUCAUGAUGGUUGGCAGCGAGCUGUACCGCAUCGAGCACUACGUGUAUAUGGGUGGCGUCGGCGGUGAGACCAAGACGACCAUUUACCAGCCGGACGACCCCAUGUGGGCUGCACUCAAGGCGAAGCUGGAGUCUGAGGUCGAGCAGAUCAUGGCUGCCCUGGGCUUGCCCAUGACCGCUCUGCCCUUGCUGUGGUCAGCGGACUUCAUCCCGAUCGACGACCAUGUGGCCUCUCAUGUGGUGGGCGAGUUCAACUGUUCUUGCCUCGGGAUCUCUGGCUUCCUCGCGGCUCGAGGCAAGGACAUGGAUGCAGUCACGAAGGAGGACGCGGAAGCUGGGCAGGCGAUGUGCAAUCUCAUCGGGCAGAAGGCGUUGUCGGCCUGCGAGAGCUUCAAAAGUGAGAGUGCGGCAUUUGGAGGAGCCAUAUAUCCUCUUGGUGCUUUUGUUGGUGCAUGA